AUGCCUGGUCCAAGAGCUUGGGACGUGGACGUGGACGUGGACGUGGUCGUGGACGUGGACCUGGACGUGGACAUGGACGUGGACGUGGACGUGGACCUGGACGUGGACGUGGACGUGGACGUGGACUGGACGAGGACGUGGACGGUGGUCGUGGACGUGGACGUGGACGUGGACGUGGACGUGGACGACAUGGACAUGGACAUGGACGUGGACGUGGACGUGGACGUGGACAUGGAGGUGGACGUGGACGUGGACAUGGAGGUGGACGUGGACGUGGACGUGGACGUGGACGUGGACAUGGACGUGGACGUGGACGUGGACAUGGACGUGGACAUGGACGUGGACAUAGACGUGGACAUGGACGUGGACAUGGACGUGGACAUGGACGUGGACGUGGACGUGGACGUGCACGUGGACGUGGACGUGGACGUGGACGUGGACGUGGUAGUGGACGUGGACGUGGACGUGGACGUGGACGUGGACGUGGACGUGGACGUGGACUUGGACGUGGACGUGGACGUGGUCGUGGACGUGGACGUGGACAUGGACGUCGACAUGGACGUGGACGUGGACAUGGACCUGGACGUGGACCGUGGACGUGGUCGUGGAUGUGGACGUGGACGUGGACAUGGACGUGGACAUGGACGUGUCGUGGACGUGGACGUGGUCGUGGACGUGGACUUGGACGUGGACGUGGACGUGGACGUGGACAUGGACGUGGACGUGGACGUGGACGUGGACGUGGACUUGGACGUGGUUGUGGACGUGGACGUGGACAUGAACGUGGACGUGAACGUGGACGUGGACGUGGACGUGGUCGUGGACGUGGACGUGGACGUGGACAUGGACGUGGACGUGGUCGUGGACGUGGACGUGGACGUGGACUUGGACGUGGACAUGGACGUGGACGUGGACGUGGACGUGGACGUGGACGUGGGCGUGGACGUGGACAUGGACGUGGUCGUGGACGUGGGCGUGGACAUGGACGUGGACGUGGUCGUGGACGUGGGCGUGGACGUGGACGUGGACAUGGACGUGGGCGUGGACGUGGACGUGGACGUGGACGUGGACAUAGACGUAAACGUGGACAUGGACGUGGACAUGGACGUGGGCGUGGACGUAUGCGUGGACGUGGACGUGGACGUGGACGUGGACGUGGGCGUGGACGUGGACGUGGACAUGACUGGACGUGGACGUGGACUGGACAUGGACGUGGACGUGGACGUGGACAUGGACAUGGACAUGGACGUGGAGCGUGGACGUGGACAUGGACGUGGACGUGGACGUGGACAUGGACGUGGACGUGGACGUGGACGUGGACGUGGACUAUGGACGAUGGACGUGGACGUGGACGUGGACGUGGACGUGGACGUGAACGUGGACAUGGACGUGGACGUGGACGUGGACGUGGACGUGGUCGUGGACGUGGACGUGGACGUGGACAUGGUCGUGGACGUGGACGUGGACGUGGACUUGGACGUGGACAUGGACGUGGACGUGGACGUAGACGUGGACGUGGGCGUGGACGUGGACAUGGACGUGGUCGUGGACGUGGGCGUGGGCGUGGACGUGGACAUGGACAUGGACAUGGACGUGGACCUGGACGCGGACGUGGACGUGGACAGGGACGUGGACGCGGACGUGGACGUGGACAGGGGACUGGACAUGGACGUGGACGUGGACAUGGACGUGGACGUGGACGUGGACGUGGACGUGGACGUGGACGUGGACGUGGACAUGGACGUGGACGUGGACGUGGACGUGGACUUGGACGUGGACGUGGCCGUGGACGUGGACUUGGACGUAAACGUGGACGUGGACGUGGACAUGGACGUGGACGUGGACGUGGACGUGGACGUGGACAUGGACAUGGACAUGGACGUGGACGUCGACAUGGACGUGGACGUGGACGUGGACGUGGACAUGGACGUGGACGUGGACAUGGACGUGGACGUGGACGUGGACGUGGUCGUGGACGUGGACGUGGACGUGGACGUGGACAUGGACGUGGACGUGGUCGUGGACGUGGACGUGGUCGUGGACGUGGUCGUGGACGUGGUGGACGUGGUCGUGGACGUGGACAUGGACGUGGACGUGGUCGUGGACGUGGACGUGGACGUGGACGUGCACAUGGACGUGGACGUGGACGUGGACGUGGACGUGGACGUGGUCGUGGACGUGGACGUGGACGUGGACAUGGACGUGGACAUGGACGUGGACAUGGACGUGGACAUGGACAUGGACAUGGACGUGGAUGUGGAUGUGCACGUGGACGUAGACGUGGACGUGGACGUGGACGUGGACAUGGACGUGAACGUGGUCGUGGACAUGGACGUGGACGUGGACAUGGACGUGGACAUGGACAUGGACGUGGACGUGGACGUGGACAUAGACGUGGACGUAGACGUGGACGUGGACGUGGAAGUGGACGUGGACGUGGACGUGGACAUGGACGUGGAGAUGGACGUGGACGUGGACGUGGACUUGGACGUGGACGUGGACGUGGACGUGGACGUGGACGGGGUCAUGGACGUGGACAUGGACGUGGACGGAGACGUGGACGCGGACAUGGACGUGGACAUGGACCUGGACCUGGACAUGGACAUGGACAUGGACAUGGACGUGGACAUGGACGUGGACAUGGACGUGGACGCGGACGUGGACGUGGACAUGGACGUGGACGUGGACAUGGACGUGGAUGUGGACGUGGACGUGGACAUGGACGUGGACAUGGACGUGGAGGACUUGGACGUGGACAUGGACGUGGACGUGGAUAUGGAGGUGGACAUGGACGUGGACGUGGACAUGGAUGUGGACGUGGACGUAGACGUGGACGUGGACGUGGACGUGGACGUGGACGUGGACGUGGACGUGGACGUGGACGUAGACGUGGACGUGGACGUGGACAUGGACGUGGAUGUGGACGUGGACGUGGACGUGUACGUGGACAUGGACGUGGACGUGGACGUGUGGACGUGGACGUGGACGUGGACAUGGACGUGGACGUGGUCGUGA